CCACCAUGUCCACCUUGCUGGAGAUCAAGAGCAGCGUGCUCAGGCAGGUGCAGGUGUGCCCGUCCUUCCGCCGGAGGACUGAGGAUGAGCCGGCGAGCAGCAGCACCGAAGUGCAGGAGCCCGCGGCUGGGGCCUGGAAACCCGGAGAUGGUGUGGAGUUCUUUGCCCAGAUGCGCCUCAUCCUGAAGAAGGGGGAAAGCAGACAGGGCCUGCCGUGCCCCGAGGUCCUCCUGCACAGUAGCUCCCCAGCCCCCACAGAGCCCGUGGACCCCAGCCGUGGCCUUAGAGCCCUGACCCAAGAGGAGGUGGAGAUGCUCUAUGAGGAAGCCUUGUACACAGUCCUUUACCGUGCAGGGACCAUGGGCCCCGACCAGGUGGAUGACCAGGGGGCCCUACUGAGCUACCUGCAGCAGGUGUUCGGCACCAGCCCCGAGGAACAUGCUGAGGCCGUGGAGCAUGUGAAGAAGGCCAAGGCUCCCACAUAUGCCCUGAAAGUCUCCGUCAUGCGUGCCAAGAACCUGCUGGCCAAAGACCCCAACGGUUUCAGUGACCCGUACUGCAUGUUGGGCAUCCUGCCAGCCUCAGGCACCCUGAGGGAGCAGGGCCCACACAAGGAGCAGCGCUUCAGCUUCCGCAAGGGCAGCAAGCGUGGUGGCCCACUGCCAGCCAAGUGCAUCCAGGUCACUGAGGUCAAAAGCAGCACCCUGAACCCUGUGUGGAAGGAGCACUUCCUCUUUGAGAUUGAGGAUGUCAGCACCGACCAGCUGCACCUGGACAUCUGGGAUCAUGAUGAUGAUGUGUCCCUGGUGGAAGCAUGUAGGAAGCUGAAUGAAGUCAUUGGCCUAAAAGGCAUGAGCAGGUAUUUCAAACAGAUUGUCAAGUCUGCCCGCACAAAUGGGACAGCAGGGCCCACGGAGGACCACACCGAUGACUUCCUGGGGUGCCUCAACAUACCCAUCCGGGAGGUGCCCGUGGCUGGUGAGGACCGCUGGUUCAAACUGGAACCGCGCUCCAACGCCUCCCGCGUGCAGGGGGACUGCCAGCUGGUCCUCAAGCUGAUCACCACACAGAGGGACACGAGCAUGAGCCAGCGCGGGCGCUCGGGCUUCCUGUCCUACCUGCUGCUGCUCAGCCGUCUGCUGCAGUUCGAGCACCAAGCCGAGGAGCCCAACUCGAGCAGCUGGCGCGGUGAGCUCAGCGGGCCUGCGGCCACCGUGCUCUGCCUGCACGGCGCGCAGAGCAACCUGUCGGCGCUGCAGCUGGCUGUGCUGCACUGGCAGGUCAGCAGCCGCCACCAUCAGACGCGCACCCUGGACUACGGCUACCUGCUGGGGCUGCUGGAAGAUAUGCAGGCACACUGGGAAGAGGCGGCCUCGCUGCCCCAGGAGCAGGAGGAGGGACUGGCAGACAGCUUCUCCGCCUUCUGUGAGUUUGGGCUCCGGUUGCUGCGCCAGCUCCGAGACUACUUCCCUGCCACCAACAGCACAGCCGUCUACCGCCUGGAGCUGCUGUUGAAGUGUCUUGGCAAGCUGCAGCUCUUCCAGCCUUCCUUUGAGAUCUGCCCCUUCGAGACGGAGCUAAACAUGGACAUUGCUGCUGCCCUGAAGAGAGGGAACCGUGAAUGGUUCGACAAGCUCCUGAACUCCCAGAGUCCUCGUGAGCAGCCGGGGCCACAGCGCCUUGCAGGGCUGGUCAAGCUGGCUGACACUGUCUACGAGGAUCUGCAGUCCUGCUAUGGCAUCUAUGCCAGCCUCUUCCACAGCAUCCUCAAGAUCGACUUCUUCACCCUCACCUUUCGGCAGCUGGAGCGUUUGGUGGCUGAAGAGGCGUGGGUGCUGAUCGAGGAGCUGAGCCCGAAGAUGACCCUCGAGGUGGCCUCAGGGCUUUUUGAGCUCUACCUGACCCUGGCAGACAUCCAGUGCUUCUGGAGCAGCAUCCCGGGCCGGGACAGCCGCUCCCUUGCCCUGGCUGGCAUCCACGCCCCAUUCCUGCCUGCUGUGAAGCUUUGGCUGCAGGUGCUGCGGGACCAAGCCAAGUGGAGGCUUCAGGGAGCCGUGGAUGUGGACACGCUGGAGCCCAUGGAUUCCUCCUCCAAGCACAGCAGCUCCGCAGCCACUGCAAGCCUCUGCUUCAGCCACAUCCAGGAGCUGUGGGCCCGCCUGGCAUGGCCAGACCCUGCCCAGGCCCAGGGGCUGGGCACCCAGCUCAGCCAGGACCUGUGUGAAGCUGCCCUCUUCUACACAGAGCUGCUGCGGAAGAAGGUGGACACUCAGCCUGGGGCAGCAGGCGAGGCAGUGAGCGAGCCACUCUGCGUGGUCCUCAAUGACGUGGAGCUCCUGCGCAAGGCUGCUGGCCAGGCGCUGCGUGGCCUGGCGUGGCCGGAGGGGGCUCCAGGGCUCAAGGGUGUGCUCCCACGCCCCCUGCUUAGCUGCAUGCAGGCCCUGGAUGAGGACCUGCAGCGGGAGGCCCGAACCGUGACGGCACACCUGACCUCCAAGAUGGUGGGUGACAUCAGGAAGUACGUGCAGCACAUCAGCCUCUCGCCUGACUCCAUCCAAAACGAGGAGGCCAUGGCCCCGCUCCUAAAGUACCUGGACGAGAAGCUGGCUCUGCUGAACGCCUCACUGGUGAAGGAGAACCUGAGCAGGGUGCUGGAGGCCCUCUGGGAGCUGCUGCUACAGGCUAUUCUGCAGGCUCUGGGUGCAAACCGUGACGUGUCUGCUGACUUCUAUGGGCGCUUCCACUUCACGCUGGAGGCCCUGGUCAAUUUUUUCCACGCUGAGGGCCAGGGUUUGCCGCUGGAGAGCCUGAGGGAUGGAAGCUACAAGAGGCUGGAGGAGGAGCUGCGCCUGCACCAGUGCUCCACCCGGGAGUGCAUAGAGCAGUACUACUUGGACAAGCUCAAGCAGAGGUCCCUGGAGCACAACCGGUUUGGGCGCCUGAGCGUCCGCUGCCACUACGAGGCGGCUGAACAGCGGCUGGUGGUGGAGGUGCUGCACGCCGCCGACCUGCUCCCCCUGGACGCCAACGGCCUGAGCGACCCCUUUGUGAUCGUGGAGCUGGGCCCGCCGCACCUUUUCCCUCUGGUCCGCAGUCAGAGGACCCAGGUCAAGAGCCGGACGCUGCACCCCGUGUACGACGAGCUCUUCUACUUCUCCGUGCCCGCAGAGGCCUGCCGCCGCCGGGGCGCCUGCGUGCUGUUCACCGUCAUGGACCACGACUGGCUGUCCACCAACGACUUCGCGGGGGAGGCAGCCCUGGGCCUGGGCAGCAUUGGCGGCGUCGCGAGGCCCCAGGUGGGAGGAAGCGCGAAGGCCGGGCAGCCGGUCACCCUGCACCUGCGCCGGCCCAGAGCCCAGGUGAGAUCGGCGCUUAGGAUGCUGGAGGGCCGCAACAACAAGGAGGCGCAGGAGUUUGUCAAGAGACUCAAGGAGCUGGAGAAGUACAUGGAGGCGGACCCCUGA